GUUCUCGCUUAGGUAAUACUAGUAUCGACCCGAAGACGCUGAUUGUGUGGGGAGAUGUUUGGCUGACAGGGGUUCGAUUGCCCAGUCAAAUCAUGUCAACAAACCAGCAAUUUAAGGUUGCAAAACCCACAAUAUACCCCUGGACGACGGCAAAGGUUGCAGGCGUCUCGCGUCCUGGGUGCCACUUUUUUCUUGCGUCUCUCGUUCCAUUUCCUCUUCUUGCCACCGCCAAAGUUGCAAGAUCUUCUGGCCUCGUUUAUUGCGCGAAUACUAGUAUACACGAACACUAGUAUCGUGCCAGAAGGGCCCUGCGUGUACGCAAGUGGCCCCUAAUAAUUCCCGGAAAAUUACUGCAUAUCGAAAAGUAUAAAGAUCGCGCCCUCACGGCGCCCCGACAACUGGAUCACGAUGUCUGGGAGAUAUUCUUUACGGCAGACGCCUAGGAAAAAGGAGCUUUUUGACGGCAUGGUAGAGACUCCUGCCCGCCGAAACAUCCGUCGCAAGAACCAGUUCCCAACCGAAUCCGACGCCGAGUCCACUUCCGCUUCCGAAGCCAUGGAGAGCAAGUCCCUGCGCCGGCGCGGCACCGGCAAGUUCACAGAGCACAUUGAGGAGCCAACGCCCCCACAAUCCGGCGACGAGAGCGAUGCGAAGCCACUACUCAAUGGCGCAUCCGCAACGGCCAAUGGCACAUCCCUUAAGGCCAAUGGCGCAUCCCCGAAGGCCAACGGCAAGGAAUCCAAGACCGGCGGCACCGAGGAGAAGUUGGUCGACGGCUGGCGGCCCGGCCUGGACCCCAAGGUCGACUACUCGGGCGAGUACGAAUUCGGCGGCCCGUGGUUCGUCUCGAUCAUGAUGCUCGGCUUCCCCGUCCUAAUGUGGUACAUGUGGAUCGGUGCGACCUACUACGACGGCCUCUUCCCCACGCCCGCGCCGGGCCAGAGCUGGGGCGACUUCGGCAAGCACCUCGUCAACCUGGUAUACACGGGUGCCUUCCCGCACGCCAAGGCGUGGUUGAUCUACUGGGUCUUCUUCGUCGUCGAGGGUGCCAUGUAUUGUCUGAUGCCCGGCGUCUGGGCCUACGGCAAGCCGCUGGCCCACGAGGGCGGCAAGCAGCUCAAGUACUACUGCUCCGCCUACACGUCGUUCUACACCACCAUCGCCCUGGUGGCCGCCCUGCACUUCUCGGGCGUCUUCCCGCUGUACACCGUCCUGGACGAGUUUGGCCCGCUGCUCAGCGUCUCGAUCCUCUCGGGCUGGCUGGUCGCCAUCGUCGCCUACGUCUCGGCCCUCGCGCGCGGCGCCCAGCACCGCAUGUCGGGCAACCACGUCUACGACUUUUUCAUGGGCGCCGAGCUGAACCCGCGCAUGUUCGGCAUCCUCGACUUCAAGAUGUUCUUCGAGGUGCGCAUGCCGUGGUACAUCCUGUUCCUCAUCUCGUGCGCCGCGGCCGCCCGGCAGUGGGACCAGUACGGCUACGUGUCGGGCGAGGUCGGCUUCCUGGUACUGGCGCACUUCCUCUACGCCAACGCCACCUCCAAGGGCGAGGAGCUCAUCGUCACCACCUGGGACAUGUACUACGAGAAGUGGGGCUUCAUGCUCAUCUUCUGGAACCUGUCGGGCGUGCCGCUGUCCUACUGCCACUGCACCAUCUACCUCGCCAACCACCACCCGGACGAGUACCGCUGGAACCGCGUCGCGCUGGUCGCCCUCUACGCCAGCUACCUCUUCGUCUACUGGGUCUGGGACAGCUGCAACAGCCAGAAGAACCGCUUCCGCGCCAUGGAGCGCGGCACGCUCAUCUACCGCAACACCUUCCCGCAGCUGCCCUGGCAGACGCUGCACAACCCCAAAACCAUCGAGACCGGGCUGGGCGACAAGAUCCUGGCGGACGGGUGGUACGGACUCGCCCGCAAGGUGCACUACACCUGCGACGUCUACUUCGCCACCACCUGGGGCCUAAUCACGGGCUUCCAGAGCCCGUUUCCCUGGUUCUACCCGGUCUUCUUCGUCGUCAUGAUCGCCCACCGCGCCUGGCGCGACGUCAGCCGCUGCCGCGAGAAGUACGGCGACGCGUGGCGCGAGUAUGAGCGACAGGUGCCAUACCUGUUUAUCCCAUACAUCCUCUGAACGUCCCCGCUCUCUCUAAGAAAACAGUUGUGUGGGACUGUGGCACAGUAUUGCGCCAGUUCAGAUAAACAUGUUGGAUUGGAGAAAGAGUAUAGAAACCGAAUGGGGGGGUGUGUGUGUGUGUGUUGAAUGUGUGUGAAUGUGUCUCAGAGUUGAUGUGUCCAAGAGCUGGAUGGGUUGGGCCGGAAAGAUGAUAGUCAAAACCUGGAGCAUAAAAGGUGAAAGUGAUAUACCUGGGGGCUAUGCUUGUAUAAGCCGAUGAGGGAGUGGAGCGAAACAGCGAAGGCGUGUGUGUGCCUGCUACUUGCUUUUGUAUCGCUAGGACUACUACCUGACAGUACCGUUGUACUGUAUCCGUACUCAGAUGCGGACUAAUGUUAAUGUUUCAUGACAAAGGUAAA